AUCCAGCAGAACGGAGCUUGUUUCCAGCCUAACACCGUCAAAAAUCACUGCGACGUCGCCGUUAACAGCUACUACCAGAAGAAAGCUUCCUCCGGCGCCACCUGUGACUUUAGUGGCGCCGCCACUAUCUCUAGCUCCCCUCCGUCAACGGCUUCAAGCUGUUUAACUGGUUCCAGCUAUGCUUGUGGUUUAGAUUACAUCAUCUCGGACAACAAACACACGGUCGGUUGUAACGGAUGCACUGAGAUAUUGCCAACGGCUUAUGGGUUUGUGCAAAUCUGA